ACAAAGCCGUCGCGCUGAUCGCAAGGUCAACAAAAUGAAGACUAAGGCAUCCGUCACAACACCCACUCCCGCUACGAGUGCUCUUAUCACCACCCAGACCCAGCCUAAAGGCGGCAAGAGGGGGUCUAUAAAUAAGCCUAUUACCAAAGGCAACCCGCUGGGGAGUGCGGGUAUUGGUCCCCAGAGUGUUGGUGGUGGCGAAAAUGGCCGUGUGUGUAGCAGGUGCGAUGAGGCGCUGGUGAGGGGUGGAGUGGUCAAAGCAUUGGAUAAGGAGUGGCACAGAGACUGCUUCACGUGCAAUGGGUAUGGGGGAGAAGAAUGGCUGGUGUAUUUCUAG